CUCCCGGGCGCCCGCCUCCCUCUUUAGCCGACUGUCUCCCGAUACGCCGGCUGAGAGCCCUCUUUGACUGAGAGCCGAGGCGGCAGAGCAGAGGCGGCGGCGCGGGACCUGCAGUCGCCCGGGAUUCCCUCCAGGUGACGAUGCUCUGGUUCUCCGGCGUCAGGGCUCUGGCUGAGCGUCCCUGCCGGCGCUCGCCCGGGAUUACCUGCUGCGUCUUGCUGCUGCUCAAUUGCUCGGGGGUCCCCAUGUCUUUCGCUUCCUCCUUCUUGACAGGUUCUGUUGCAAAAUGUGAAAAUGAAGGUGAAGUUCUGCAGAUUCCAUUUAUCACCGACAAUCCUUGCAUAAUGUGCAUUUGCUUGAACAAGGAAGUGACCUGUAAGAGAGAAAAGUGCCCAGUGUUGUCUCGAGACUGCGCCCUGGCCAUCAAGCAGAAGGGAGCCUGUUGUGAGCGGUGCAAAGGUUGCAGCUAUGAAGGAAAUACAUAUAACAGCUCCUCCAAAUGGCAGAGUCCCACUGAACCCUGUAUUCUGCGCCAGUGCCAGGAAGGCGUCAUCACUGAGUCUGAGGUGCGAUGCGUUGUUCAUUGCAAAAACCCUUCCAAGCGUCUGGAAACCUGCUGCCCUAUGUGUCCAGGCUGUGUGUUUGAAGGGGUGCAGUACCAAGAAGGGGAAGAAUUCCAUCCAGAAGGAAACAAAUGCACUAAGUGUUCUUGCACUGGAGGCAGGACACAGUGCAUGAGAGAAGUCUGUCCCAUUCUCUCCUGUCCUCAGCAUCUCAGUCACAUUCCCCCAGGACAGUGCUGCCCCAAAUGUUUGGGUCAGAGGAAAGUGUUCGACCUUCCCUUCGGGAGCUGCCUCUUUCGCAGUGAUGUCUAUGACAAUGGAUCCUCAUUUCUCUAUGAUAACUGUACAACAUGCAUCUGCAAGGACUCUACAGUGGUGUGUAAGAAGAAGUGUUCCCGCCACGGUGGCUGUGAGAGAGGCAAGGAGGCCUGCUGUGAGCAGUGUCUCCUCAGGGUGCCUCUUGGCGACAUUAAAGUAUGCAAGUUCGGCAACAAGAUUUUCCGGGAUGGAGAGAUGUGGUCCUCUGUCAAUUGUACCAUCUGUGCUUGUGUGAAAGGCAAGAUAGAGUGUCGCAAGAAGCAGUGUGUCCCCAUCAGCAGCUGCCCUCAGGGUAAAAUUCUCAACAGGAAAGGAUGUUGCCCUAUUUGCACUGAAAAGCCUGGCGUUUGCACGGUUUUCGGAGAUCCCCACUACAACACUUUUGACGGACGGACAUUUAACUUUCAGGGGACAUGUCAGUACGUUUUGACAAAAGACUGCUCCUCCCCUGCCUCGCCCUUUCAGGUGCUGGUGAAGAACGAUGCCCGCAGAACGCGCUCUUUCUCCUGGACCAAGUCAGUGGACCUGGUGAUGGGCUCCAGCAUCGUGAGCCUCCAGCAGCACCUGGCUGUGCGCUGGAAUGGCACUCGCAUCGCGCUGCCCUGCCGGGCGCCAGACUUUCACAUCGACCUGGACGGCUACCUCCUCAAAGUGACCACCAAAGCAGGUUUGGAAAUAUCCUGGGAUGGAGACAGUUUUGUAGAAGUCAUGGCUGCCCCCCAUCUCAAGGGAAAGCUUUGUGGCCUUUGUGGCAACUACAAUGGACAUAAGCGUGAUGACUUAAUAGGUGGAGAUGGAAAUUUCAAGUUUGAUGUGGAUGAUUUUGCUGAGUCCUGGAGGGUGGAAUCGAAUGAGUUCUGCAACAGACCCCAAAGGAAACCAGUGCCUGAAUUGUGUCAAGGGACAGUGAAGGUAAAACUCCGGGCCCAUAGAGAAUGCCAGAAGCUCAAAUCCUGGGAGUUCCAGGCCUGCCAUUCAACUGUGGACUACACCACUUUCUAUCGGUCCUGUGUGACAGAUAUGUGUGAGUGUCCGGUCCAUAAGAACUGUUACUGCGAGUCCUUCUUGGCCUACACCCGGGCUUGCCAGAGAGAGGGCAUCAAAGUCCACUGGGAGCCUCAGCAGAACUGUGCAGCCACUCAGUGCAAGCAUGGUGCUGUGUAUGACACAUGUGGCCCAGGAUGCAUCAAGACCUGUGACAACUGGAAUGAAAUCGGGCCAUGCAAUAAGCCAUGCAUUGCAGGUUGCCACUGUCCUGCAAACUUGGUCCUGCACAAGGGAAGGUGCAUCAAGCCAGUCCUUUGUCCUCAGCGGUGACCUUCAUUCCGACCCCUAAGACUUUGAAAUCCAGUGUCCACUGAAGUGGAAGAGCCAAUGAAGGACUGCAGUAUUUGUGUGCUAAUUCUGCAAAGUACACGUAACAGAGUAUAUAUGUGUACAUAUAUAUAGAUAUAUACAAAAAAGCAUUUCAUCAUUUAUAUAAUAGGUGGAUUAUUAUAUGUAUAUUUUUUGCUAUAAGACAUUGUAUUGUUUCUAGGAUCCUGAUCUGUAAACCAUUGGAUAAAUUGUAUAAAUAAAACAUGUGUUUUUAAUUUAAUAAGGUGGCAUGCAGCAUAGUGAAUGGCUAUGACAUCCCAUACAUUUUGUCAUUUUUUAAAAAGUUUUCUAAGACCCCCUAAACUGCCUGCCUGCAUUAAUUUCAGCUUUGAGACAGGAUUUGCAGUUAAGUGGGAAAUGUGGUUCUCCAGGGGAGAACGAAUUUAUGUAAAGGCAUUUCAUGUUUCUAAAGGAAGGAAUGUGCGCCUAA